AUGACACCUGAGACCGACAUGACGGACAACACUACCAAAGCAAUGGCGAAGCCAUCCCAGAUCUUGCUCUUUUCACUCCCACGGUCUGGAUGCCACUUGCUGGAGAAGAUGGUCUUCUCGAAGCAAGAGAAUUGGAAAUGGUGCUGGCAUCCAUAUUCGAACAACGCGCCGCAGUUGUAUCAGUGGAUGCAGAAAGAUGACCUCGGUCUACCAGCCGACGAGGAUCGGGAGAAGUAUGUUGAGGUGUCGAAAGCAGCUGGCGAGACGUGGAGACGUGAUCUUGAGGAAGCUGAGGAGAAUAACCAAACCCUCUACGUCCACAACCACGCCGCCUUCCUCGUCUCCCCAGAACGGCUCGUCCAAGUUCUGACCAAGCCUGCUGCUGCACCUCCCCAAGACCCCAAACACAACUGGACCCACGCCCCCUCCUCCCUUCUCCUCCACCCCGGCACUCUCCCAAUCUUCACAGUCCGCAACGCCACCCUGACCAUCCCCUCCAACUAUCGCGCCACCGGCACUCUCUACAAAGGCAACACAACCGCCAACCGCCGCGAAAACAUCCACAUGUUCUGGCAGCGAAGCUUGUACGGCUGGUUCGUAGCGAAUGAGGUGCAGCCGGUAGUGGUUGAUGCGGACGAUUACAUGACGUCGGAAUCAUUCGUGAGACAUCUCACUGCGUCAAUUGGGCUAGACCCCGAGAGGGCGAUUGUGAGGUGGGAGAAGGUACGAUUUUCGGGCCCGACUUUGUUGACAUUGUUUGAUGCUGACAAGGAACAGAUGUCCGAGGAGGCGAAGGAGAACAUGCACCGGAUGCUGAUUCAAAUCCAAGCCACGCUUGUGGGUAGCGAGGGGAUCAAGCCGGAGCGGGCAGGGAGGAACCUCGAUCUUGAGGCGGAGAGGAGAAAGUGGGAGGAGGAAUUUGAUGCGGACGAGGUGAAGAUGAUCAGGGAGCUGGUGGAUGUGGCGAUGCCGGAGUAUGAGUAUUUGAGGGAGAGGAGGCUGACGUGUGAGCAGAAGGUCCCAAUGGUGGACAGCCGGUACUGUGCUGGUACACUAGAGAGGGCGCAGCAUAAGUGGGCAUAA